UUAGCAGCAUCCAACGGCCCGCGCGAGUGCACAUCUCGGUGCAGUGCUUCCUGUCGUCGAAGGAUUUUUUUUCAGUGGUGCCGAAACGGUAACUUCCCGUUCGUCACGAUGCUUUGGAUUUUCCUCUCUGGAUUGCUAACGGGAUUGGCGUUGGAACCGUGCGGCGCGCAACAGGCGACAGGUUCAAAAUUUUCAUGCGAUGGAAGGGGUUCUGGGUACUACGCUGAUGUAGCUUCAGGAUGUCAGGUGUACCACAUGUGUGAUGGACUUGGCAGGCAAUUCAGUUACACCUGUCCAAACGCCACCCUCUUCCAACAAAGAAUGCUCAUAUGCGACCACUGGUAUAUGGUGAACUGCAGCAGGGCUGAGGACGAUUAUAGUGCUAACCUUCUAAUAGGACAGCAAAAGCCAUUUGUUGAAGAUACUGGAUCUAACCCAUUCCAUCGAACCCCUCGGCCUGAUUUAUUGACUCACCCAUCCAGUGAAUCCGAGUACAACAUAAUUUACAGGACUGGAAAGGAGCGUGAUAAAACUCGUACAAACAUAGUUGGUGCUGAACAAGAAAACGAACAAUCAGCAGACAGUGAUGAACCAACUUAUUUCCCUCCCAGUCAUUGGUCUACAGCUUACUCUUCCCAAACUUCUACCGUCAGGCCUUUUAGGGAUAAUAAUGAAAAUCGUAGGAUUUUAAAUCAGGGUAGCAAAACUAUCUCUUCUGGGAAGAAAACAAGGGGAAAACCAAAGGCUAUCAAUUUUGGUUCUUCCAAUAGAAAUGGUAACAACUUUGAAAAUUCACCAAAGUAUAAAAAUGAAGGAAAAUAUAAUGCAGCUCCAACUGCAGUACCUGUAAGUUACAGAUCCAAUUUUAGAGCUACAACACCAGUCUUUCCCGUAAAGGUAGAGGAAUCAUCUGAACCUCCAAAUGAUGUGGGGGUAUUACCCCCAAUUCCUUACAGGAACACAAAAACCAAAAACAGAAAUUCGCAAACUGAUCAAACACAGGUUAAUUUUAAAUCCAAUUUCCCAGCAACCACCCCAGUAUUCCCCUUAACGGUGGAGGAUAGUUCGGCCGCUCCCAAUGACAUCGGAAUAUUACCGCCUAUUCAACAAACAAGUAGACAAGCUAGAAACAAAACAAGUAGGAGACCUCAGGUUAAUUUUCAGUCCAACUUUAAAGCUACGACUCCUGUAUUUCCUUUGACAGUUGAAGAGGCAUCUGAAACUCCGAAUGACCUUGGGAUACAACCACCUGAAAAAAAUGAUGUAACAACAGAAAACACACCCCAAGUAAAUUUCAAAUCAAACUUUCCAGCAACCACGCCAGUUUUUCCCUUAACAGUAGACGAUUCAUCAGUAGCACCAAGUGAUAUAGGAAUACUACCGCCAGACUCAAAUGAAAAAAUAAAGAAUAAUAUUAACAUGCAAACCGAAGUCCAAGUCAACUUCAAAUCUGAUUUCAAGGCUACGACUCCAGUGUUUCCAGUCACGGGUGAUGAUUCAUCUGUAGCGCCUAGUGAUCUUGGAAUACUGCCACCUGAAAACGGCCAAGUCAAUUUCAAAUCAAACUUCAAAGCUACAACUCCGGUUUACCCCAAAUUUGUUGAACCUAAGGAAAAAAUAGAAAUUUCAAAUGUCCCACUUCAGAAAGAAACUCAUGUUAACUUCUACUCAGACUUUAAAGCUACCACUCCAGUUUAUCCUAAAUCUGUUGAAGCAACAAGUCCGGAUCCAGGAGAAGUAGGGUUAUUGCCGCCACAAUCCAAUGGUACCAGACCGCAAGAAGCUGAGGAUACUCCUAGUUCAAAUGAGGCAGUGCCUGAUAUACUGCUAUCACUUGUGCCUCCUGAGUUUGAUCCAAACUUUGAGAAAACCCACGAGAAUAUUGAAACAACACCAUCAGAACCAUCUAUGUUUUAUCAACCUCCGAAAUUCGACCCCGAUUUCACCGAGUCCGAUUCCCAGUCAAACGUUAAGCUAGGAAUCGAAAUAGAAAAUAUUAUGAAGUCUUUAAGCAAAGAGCAAUGGCAAAAUAUACGACAGCGGUUCCAUAUACCUGAAUACGAGUUUCCUUUAGAUGAUGCUACUAGGCCUAGUUACGACAGUAUUGCCAAUUCGUUUGGGAAUAAGCGAUAAUACUGAAGAUAUUUAGUUACCCUCAACGAGAUAUGGCAAAAUUUAGUGAAGUGUGAAGUGGUACAAACUUAUUUUCUAAUACAUUUAACAAAUCAAAAGACAUGAACUGUAAAUAAGAAGUAAUGCUAAAAUAAUUAGUUAUGCACUUUAAAUUUAAUGAACAAUAUUUUUUGCAAAUAUAGUAAAAACGUAAUGAUGGCCAUAUACCAAGAAAAUUAGUAAAGUAUGAAAUUGAAUUGUAGUUUUUAAUAUUCAUAGACCAUUUAUCUAGAAGCCCAAGUAUUCAGAAAAA